AUGCCAUACACUGCGCCGUUGAAGCCGUUGCUCGCCGCGCAGCACAUCGAAUACUCACCUGAACAGCGACCCAACGUGGAUCGCUCCGCCUCGGGACGUUUGCAGAACUCCCGAUCAUAUUCCUCCACAUCCUAUACUCGUCGGCAUCGGAGGAGUCCUUCGGUUAAUACCAAGACGGUGCAUUCCACUUCGGAGCCCACGUCCCGCGCCUCUCCCUCCAUCGACCCACAUGCCAGCCUCCGUCAGUCCCCACCACCGUUAAACAAUGCCAUCAUUCCCCCGGGGGCGGUAAUCUCGCCUCCUGAAUCUGCACCCAACUCAAGUGAUGAGGAGUCAACAUACAGGGGUGAGGGUAUCAGGUUGGGCGAGCUCGAGGCGGCCGUCCGAUCAAUCAAGUUAAGGAGAGAGAGCUCCCCGGAAAGGAUGGGCCCUGAGCAAGUAGAGGCGAAGCCCUCAUCGAGUGUGCCGAUGGCUCCCGAGUCAAAGCCCCCAAAGCCGGCUCAUCUGCCGUUAUGUAAAGAAGCUCGUAAGAUCACUCACUCGCGGUCAUCGACCGAAACCGCCAUUGACCUCAGCCGGGAAGAGGCCCUGACGAGCUCGCCCGAUGAAAGUGAUGCUGAGAUGUCGCCGAAGCCCCCGAUGGUCAGGAAGAAGUCUGGUGAACUGGUUCGCCCGGCUCUUCGGCCCGCGUCGGCACGACGACGUCCUUCUAGUAUGCCUGGCACUCCAGUGUAUUCCAAGGCUGUUCACUUUGACGCCCAGUUGGAACAUAUUCGACACUUCCUGCAGCUCGACCGCCCCCUGGCUGUGAGCACGGAAACCUCUCCAGUGGACACCCACGAUACUGAGGCGGAAUUUCCAUUUGGUCGUGGCACCGAAUCAAAAGGUCCGUCAUGGGAUUGGGAGCUUCGGCUUUCAAAUUGGCCCAAGGAUGUUUCGUCGCACGCUCCGGUUCGUCUGGAACGUUUAUUCUUGUCAGCUGAUAAGAACACUUUGGUCGGAACUGUGGCUGUGGCCAACCUCGCUUUCCAGAAGUAUGUGACUGCUCGAUUCACUUUGGAUUAUUGGAGGACGACUUCGGAAGUGGCUGCAACAUUCUGUCAUGAUGUUCGACGCCAGCAGGCUGUCGACGGAUACGAUCGCUUUUCAUUCGACAUCAAGUUGAACGAUCAAGCGAACUUGGAGUCGAAGACCAUGUUCAUGUGCAUCCGCUAUAACGUGGGUGGCCAGGAAUACUGGGACAACAACAACACCAUGAACUAUCAGGUCGACUUCCACAAGGUGCCCAAGGCGAACCCGACAAAGCCUGCUGGUUCGUCCCGUCCGGCUCUCCCACGGAGCCGAUCGUUCACCAGCACCCACACCAUGCGUCUCCACUCAAUGCCGUCGACCUAUGACUUCGCCGACCUAGGCGACAAGAUGGCAUUUUCGGAUCCCUUCAACGGUGCCAAUGGCGCUCCCUUGACUCGGAACCCUUCGGAUGAGAUCGACACGGUCGCACCGCCGAAGCGCCGCGAGAACACCAAUCGCCAAGCAUUCGGCAACAGAUACGACUUUGGAGCGUCGUUGUCUGCUGCCAUGAGGACAAAGUCAUCUUUUGAUCGGACUGCCCUGUCUGCCCGUGCGAGGUCUGGAGAGACCGUGGAGCAGAAGCCGACCAAAAAAGCUGGUUUUGCGCAGGACCAUGCUUCUGCAGUGAGCGAUACCGUCCGCACCGGUCGUGCGGAAGAUCUGAAACCUUCCUCUCUGGUAUCUAGCAAGCCGCGCCUCGAGUCUUCCAAGUAUCAGGAACUGGUCGAUAAAUAUUGCUUCUUUGGCUCCGCUCCAGCACCGAGCCCAAACCCGACCUUCAACGCUCGGGAGGGUGAGACCCCGAAACACGUCGUUGUGGCAGCGUGCCUUUCACCGCCACUUUCGCCUCGCUCUCCGGCGCCUAUCAAGGCCCCUGUGAUUGAGGCCCCUCGCGAGCCUCGCUCUCACAGUCCCCGUACUUCCCCACGCCCCUCGCCUUCCCCAAUGGCGUUCCACUAUUCUUUUCAUCGCGGCUUCAUGAAUGACCCUCACUCAUCGACCGUGAUUAGAGGGUGA